CCCCCGGCAGUCCAGCAAGCAGAAAUCAAGUCAUCGUCGGAAAGAUAGCUCCCUGUCAAUCACCAUCAUCUUCAACGACUCAAGCUGAAAGACUGACAGGCCUUCCCCACACAAUGCACGGCCCUUUCUUUGCCAUCCUGGCCUCGGGCCUGCUCUUGAUUGCAGGGCUCUGGCCAGCCGCUGCCGCCCCUCCUGGACCGCUGAAGCCCUGCCGGUGUGUUCGUCCAGCCGUCCGCCGGGAAUGGCGCGAUCUGUCCCAAAAGGAACAGCUUCACUAUGUCGAGGCUGUCAAGUGUUUAAUGUCUACUCCCAGUAAGAGUAACAACCUUUACCCGGCAGCCAAGUCUCGGUUUGAUGACUUUCAGGGCAUGCAUAUCAAGGUUGGGCAUGCCAUGCAUUUCAAUGUGGCAUCGGUGGAUGAUGCACCUUUACGAGACAGAACUGAAGUCUCUCUGUGGCUUCGAAGGAACUCUGCCAUACUGGGGUAUGGAGCAAUUUACCAUAGGAUCGAGAAAGACAACACCGUUGAGAAAUUUGCCAAGUCUCCCAUCUUCGAUAAUGUAUAUGGCUUUGGAGGCAGCGGCGCUUUCAUCGAGGACGUGAGCUCGACGAUCGAGUUUCCCAUCAAGACCCCGACGGAAAUCCCUGGCCGCACAGGAGGAGGUUGUGUCACCGCGGGUCCUUUUGCCAACCUUACGGUUCCCAUGGGUCUAGGAGACUCCCUAGAGCCCCAGCCUCACUGUCUUCGCCGCGAUUUCAGCCCGACUCUUGCGUCGACUUCCCUGAGGGACGAUGUGAUCAGUAAGACCUUGGCGAGCACCAACUUUUGGGACUUUAACCGCUGGAUUCAGGGGUUCAGCUUCAGCGCCGACAACCUGACAAUCCAUGCUGGGAUGCACCUGAGUAUUGGAGGCCAGGUUGGCGAGGCUGCUGAUGUUUACUCGUCGCCCGGUGAUCCGCUCUUCUACUUCAUCCACGGCGGUCUUGACAGGAUCUGGGCCACGUGGCAGCACAUGGACUGGCCCAAGCGCAAGAGCGACAUUGCUGGACCCGACACCAUGUUCGCCUACCCAUUCAACUUCUUUGGUGACGUCGAAUAUAAGAACAUCACAAUCGAUCAUAUUCUCGAGUAUCCUGGCUUCAGCGAGCCGCGAACUAUUCGUGACGUGAUGGAUACUGCUGGUGACGAGCUCUGCUACAAGUAUGAAUGAAGUAACGGGAUGAUGUUCAGAAGCUCAAAGUUUGUCUGGUCUUUUUGAAGCAAGCAAAUCAUUUGUGCCUUGUGCUUGGUCUGCUUUAGGAUACUCGAUACCCCAUAUGCAUCAGCAAGCGUUUAUAGAUUGAGCGAUUCGAUUUACCCGGAUGAUUUUGGAG